AUGGCUACCUCCAGCAAAAAGAAGUCACCUUCAUCAGUAGCAGAUUCCUUGGCCAAGAUUUUUGAUCCUAACACUUUACAGAAUCAGCAGUCUCAUGAAGAGGGACCCUCCCCUAUACUCUCUUUAUCAAACACAAGUUUCUACUCUCCUGAAAAUAGAUGUGUGUUAGACCUGAAGGUGGCUUCCUUGGAUCAGAAAAUAUGUGUAUUGCUGACCAUGCAAGACAAUGUUCUGCAGAAAUUAGAUGGUGUUUCAUAGGAAAUCUGUUCUAUGGAAAGGAAUAUUGAACUCUUAAGGAACUGUGGCAAGAGACCACCUGCUGUCACAUCAGAAAAGUCAAUGAGCUCUGCUAUGAAGCUAUUAUGCACAGACAUUAACAAGAAGCUCUCUGAAAUGACCAAGAAUGCUGAGCAACAUAAACAAAGAUUAGAAGGAGCUGAACAAGUGAUCCUGGAGGUUCAGCAACUUGUUAGUUCUUUAGGAGAGGAAUUAAAGACAUCUACACUCACUGAUCGAAUAUACAGGAAAGAAGCUCCUAUCCUAAGAGUUGGUGGCAAUUUGAAAAAAGAUAAAUCAGAAAAUUGUUUCAGAAUGCAGAUGUUUUCAGGCAAAAAGGAAGCAUUGUUCAACAAAUGGAAUGAAAAGGAAAAGUCAUAUCUUACUGCAAAGGGAACAAAUUCUAUAAAAAAGAAAAAAACGCCCGAUUCCUCAGAUGGAUCUGAUGAGAAGUCAGAAUCAUAUUCUCAUUCAGAAAAGGUUGAUAAACUCAACAAGGAGAAUACUGAGAAGGCAAGCACUUUUCUUGUUCAGAGAAAUUCCCCUACGUCUCUUGACCUUUAUGAGUCUAAAGUGUGUGCAGAGCAAAGUCAUAGCUAUAGUUGGAAAAGUUCUCAUCAGAAGACCACAGGAAAGAGUCAGGCAGAAGUGAAUACCAAUGAAGCCAACCAAAGUCAGAGUGUCCCAGAUACACAAGGUGAUGCUCUAGGACUUGUGAAGAAGCCUGAUGGAUCUCAAGAAAGUCCAGAGAAUGUGGGAGAAGAUGAUAAAAGAAAGGGUAUUACCAGGGAUGAAAAAACAGAAGUACCAGAAACAACAUCCCAAAGAAAAGAUUCAGAAGAAGAUCCAGAUAUCAAGCAUAAAGAAAAUGAAAAAGCUUCAUUCCUUCUGAAAGAUGAGCAAACCAGCAGCAGCAAGCGUCGUGUGAAUGAUGGAAGUUUUCCCAAAGAUGUCAACAAAAAGAGCAGAGUAGAUGUAGUGAAGGCCAGUGGUGGACUUAAACCAAAAGAAGCAGCUAAGCCAAGAACAGUGGAGCCUGCCUUACCUGGAAAGACAGUGGGAUCUAAAUCAACAGCUGCCAACAAGGGCAAAGUGAAGCAAGAAGCUUCAAAAGGGGAUAAUUUUAUAAGUGAUGACAAACCACCACCACCUGCCCCUUUUGAUCACCGGAUCGUCUCAGCAAAAAGAGCUGGGAUCAGUAGCUAUUACCAUAUCUUCAAGGGUGAAGUUUUGGGAGGUGGACGAUUUGGCCAGGUGCAUAAAUGUGAAGAAAAAGAGACAGGUCUCAAAUUAGCAGCCAAAAUUAUAAAAGCCAGGAGUGUAAAAGAAAAGGAAGAAGUGAAGAAUGAGAUUAAUGUAAUGAAUCAGUUGACCCACUUGAACCUUAUUCAACUGUAUGAUGCUUUUGAAUCAAAACAUGACUUUGUUCUUAUUAUGGAAUAUGUGGAAGGAGGAGAACUGUUUGAUCGGAUUAUUGAUGAGGACUGCAACUUGACAGAGAUGGAUGCUGUCUUAUUCACAAAGCAGAUUUGUGAAGGGAUUCAAUACAUGCAUCAAAUGUAUAUUCUCCAUUUGGACCUGAAGCCUGAGAAUAUCUUGUGUGUGAAUCGAGAGGCAAAUCAAAUAAAGAUUAUUGACUUUGGGCUGGCAAGGAGAUAUAAACCAAGGGAAAAGCUUAAGAUCAACUUUGGCACUCCAGAAUUUCUUGCUCCUGAAGUUGUGAACUAUGAUUUUGUUUCUUUUCCUACUGACAUGUGGAGUAUAGGUGUCAUUGCCUACAUGUUGCUUACUGGAUUAUCUCCUUUUCUGGGUGAUGAUGAUAAUGAGACUUUGAACAACAUCCUGGCUUGUAGGUGGGACUUUGAAGAUGAAGAAUUUGACCAUGUGUCUGAAGAAGCCAAAGAUUUCAUCUCUAAACUUCUUAUCAAGGAAAAGAGCUGGAGAAUAAGUGCAACUGCAGCUUUAAAACAUCCUUGGCUGUCCUGCAAAACACUCCAUUGCAAACUGGAAGCUAAGGUCCGUAGAUCUGAUCAAAAUUGUUUUUUGCAUUUAUCUCUUUGCCCCUUUGUAGGAAGAAAUGCUUAUUAA